AUGGCUGCUACCUUGGGAAUCCAAGGCAACGUGGGAAAUGCGGCCUUCAAAGAUAAAGAGAAGCCCAUGGCAGUGCGCACAGCGAAUAUUCUUGCCGCACGAGCCGUUGCAGAUGCCAUUCGAACUUCGCUCGGCCCUCGAGGAAUGGACAAAAUGAUACAGACCGGCAAAGGAGAGAAUCUUAUCACAAACGACGGCAACACUAUGCUGAAAAGUAUGAGCGUCAUGCAUCCGGCCGCGAAGAUGCUGGUCGAUCUCAGCGCGGCGCAAGAUGUCGAGGCUGGAGACGGAACGACGUCUGUCGUCGUCAUCUGCGGUAGUCUGCUGGGAGCGGCAGACCGAUUGCUUGCAAAAGGCAUCCACCCUACCAUCAUCUCCGAAUCCUUCCAAAGAGCCGCUGCCGCUGCAGUCAAGAUUCUACACGGCAUGUCGCAGCCCAUCUCGUUAACAGACCGGACGACCCUUCUACAAGCGGCUUCCACAUCCCUCUCUUCGAAGAUUGUGUCGCAACAUUCCGGAUUACUUGGGCCCAUGGCGGUCGAUGCUGUCCUCAAGACUAUUGAUCCGAAAACCGCCGACAAUGUCGAUUUACGGAACAUUCGGAUCGUCAAGAAAGUUGGUGGCACGAUUGAGGACUCGGAAAUGAUUGAUGGUGUGGUUCUCAACCAGCCCGUUAUUAAGAGCAGUGGUGGUCCAACAAGGAUAGAGAAAGCACGAAUUGCGCUGAUACAGUUCCAAUUGAGUCCGCCCAAGCCCGACAUGGAGAAUCAGAUUGUGGUCAACGAUUACAGACAGAUGGACAAGAUCCUCAAAGAGGAGAGAACCUAUCUCCUGAACAUGGUGAAGAAGAUUCAAAAAGCCAAGUGUAAUGUGCUUCUCAUUCAGAAGUCCAUCCUGAGAGACGCGGUUAACGACCUGUCACUACACUUCUUGUCCAGACUCAAGAUUAUGGCGAUCAAAGACAUUGAGAGAGAUGAAGUGGAGUUCUUGUGCAAGAGCACGGGCUGCAAACCGAUUGCGAAUAUUGACACUUUCACCGAAGACAAGCUCGGCAGUGCAGAUCUCGUCGAAGAAGUUAAUGCCUCGGGCGCAAGAUACGUCAAAAUUACUGGUAUUCGCACAGCAUCGCCACAAAGCCAGACGGUGUCGAUCGUCGCUCGAGGUGCCAAUUCACUCAUCCUGGAUGAGGCCGAGCGCUCAAUCCACGACGCUCUUUGCGUGAUCCGAUGUUUGGUGAAGAAGAAGGCCCUCAUUGCAGGCGGUGGAGCCCCUGAAAUUGAGGUUGCGUACCAGCUGGCCAAACAGGCCCGAGAAUUGACUGGCACCGAAGCCAUAUGCUGGAAAGCCUUUGCGGACGCCAUGGAGGUGAUUCCCACCACGCUGGCGGAGAAUGCUGGUCUCAACAGCAUCAAGGUGGUAACUGACCUUCGGCAUCGGCAUGAUAUGGGGGAGAAAAAUGCCGGUGUCAGUAUUCGAAGCGGAGGUGUCAAGGCCAACAUUGCGGAGGAGAAGGUCUUACAACCUCUGCUUGUGAGCACGAGUGCGAUCGAGCUUGCCGCCGAGACAGUCAAGAUGAUUUUGCGUAUCGAUGAUAUUGCCUUGUCACGGUAA